GCUCUUUUUCUUCUCUGUUGGCACUUUCUUUUGGGUUUCUCUUAACAUCACCUUUCACAUUGCAUCAUCAUCUUCUUCCUCUUUUCUUCUCUUUGUUUCCAUGCAACACAUGUUCGUUUAUCUGCAUUCACGCUGAGAACCGAAUAUCCAUCCUAAGAAACAAGUCCGAGGUUAAAGGAACAACAACGACAUCAACACCUGUUUUGGUUGGUGGGUCGGUUUCAAGUUCUGAUUUUGUUCGCGUUUUCUGGGCUUCUCUUGCAAAACACAGAGAAGGGAGAAGGUGGGUCGGUUUCAAGUUUUGAUUUUGCUCGCGUUUUCUGUGUUUGUUGUGCAAAGCACAGAUAAGGGAGAAGGUGGGUCGGGCUCGUUGGUGAAAAUUAUGGCUUCAUGGUUUUGCUGCGGAAAAGUUUCGAACCGCGCACGGAGAGGGAAAGAACAACCCACAUGGCGGGUGUUUUCUUUGAAGGAAUUACACUCUGCUACGAAUAAUUUCAACUAUGACAACAAGCUUGGAGAAGGAAGCUUUGGCAGUGUGUACUGGGGCCAACUUUGGGAUGGAUCACAAAUUGCGGUGAAAAGAUUGAAAGUUUGGAGCAACAGAGCCGAGACAGAAUUCACAGUUGAGCUUGAAAUCUUAGCAAGAAUUCGACACAAGAAUCUUCUCAGUCUUCGUGGCUACUGUGCAGAAGGACAGGAACGGUUAAUUGUGUAUGAAUAUAUGCAAAAUCUGAGUCUCCACUCUCAUCUUCACGGACAUCAUUCAUUCGAAUGCUCUCUGGAUUGGAAUCGUCGGAUGAAUAUCGCAAUUGGUUCUGCUGAAGGAAUUGUGUACCUUCACCACCAAGCAAGACCACAUAUCAUCCACAGGGAUAUUAAAUCAAGCAAUGUGUUGCUAGAUUCUGAUUUCAAGGCCAGGGUUGCUGAUUUUGGGUUUGCUAAGUUGAUCCCUGAUUGGACUACACAUGUGAGUACAAGAGUUAAGGGAACUAUUGGCUACCUUGCACCAGAAUAUGCUAUGUUAGGUAAAGCAAAUGAGAGUUGUGAUGUGUACAGUUUUGGUGUUCUUCUUCUAGAACUCGCUAGUGGCAGAAGACCAACAGAAAAGCUCAGUUCCACGGUGAGGCGAUCGAUAGUUGAUUGGGCAUUGCCAUUGGUUUGUGAGAAGAAAUUUGGUGAAAUUGCUGAUCCAAGACUAAAUGGUAACUAUGUGGAGGAAGAGCUUAAAAGAGUUGUUUUAGUUGCUCUUAUGUCUGCUCAGGAUCUGCCUGAGAAGAGACCAACCAUGCUUGAUGUGGUAGAGCUACUCAAGGGAGAGUGUAGGGAUAGAUUUUCUCAUAUAGAGAACAGUGACAUGUUCAGAAACCCUUUAGCUGCAGAAAGCAAUGAUGGAACAUCAUUGGCUGAUGACAGAUUAGACUGUAUCUCAGAAGAAAAAGAAUUAGAACGUCCAUUGAGAGAAAAUGCUGAACUAUGAUCAGCUUCAGUUUUAUGUUUGCUGCAUGAGUGUGGUUGUAUGAGUGCUGGGGGGGUUUUCAGUUUGUGUAGUGUUGUUUUGUUUCCCUCUUCAAUAUUGCUUUCUAUAUUUUUUUAUGCUAUG